AUGUGUGGGGCUGGUGCCUGCGGGAUGUGGGGCCAGUGCCCCGGUAGUGGGGAGGUAGGGCCUGGUGUUGGGGGUCUGGGAGACAAGUGGGCACUGUGGUGGCAUCAGUGUGCGACAGACCGCCCGAGGACCACCACCACGCCGCUCCGCUCCCCUCAGCUUACAGGGCAGAAACUGUCAACAUCAGCGCAGGAGGACCAGGACGUGUGUUGAGGCAGCGCUCAUCUUCUGCGAACAACAAUGGCUGACGGCAAGGACAUUGGAAUAUUGGUACUGCGAGUGUUGGUGGGCUUGGUGUACACGGUGUACUGCGUGCUCGAGGCCCUGGUACUGACCUUCAUACCUCGCAGAUACCGCAGGAAGAACAUCAAGGGCCACAUCGCCCUGGUGACGGGCGGCGGCUCUGGCAUCGGUCGACUCAUGUGUCUGAAACUGGCGCGGAGAGGCGCCAUCGUCGUCACCUGGGACGUCAAUGAGGAAGGUAACGCGGAGACAGUGCGUCAGGUGGUGGAGCUGGGCGGACAGUGUCGGGCCUACACCGUCGACCUGUGCAGCAGGCACGCCAUCUACGCCACCGCCGCUAAGGUCAAGCAGGAGGUCGGCAAGGUGGACAUCCUGGUAAACAACGCCGGGGUGGUCACCGGCAAGAGACUCCUUGACUGCCCAGACGAGAACAUCAUCAGGACCUUCGACGUCAAUAUUAUGAGUCACUUCUGGACAACCAAGGCGUUCCUGGGAGACAUGAUGGCCAGGGGCAAGGGCCACAUCGUCACCAUCGCCUCCAUGGCCGGCAAGGUCCCCUGCAACCGGCUCGUCGACUACUGCUCCUCCAAGUUCGCCGCGGUGGGCUUCGAUGAGACCCUUCGCUAUGAACUGAGGGUUGACGGCCACACCGGCAUCCACACCACCGUCGUGUGUCCAGUCUUCAUCUCCACCGGCAUGUUCCAGGGCUUCCAGAGCAAGUACCUGCCCGUCCUGGAGCCGGAGUGGGUGGCGGAGGAGGCCGUGGACGCCAUCUUGCUCAAUACUCGCGUCCUCCACCUGCCCUCCACCAUGAAGAUCAACCUCUUCCUUAACCUACUACUGCCGCAGAAGGUCAUGUUCUACCUCAGUGACUGCCUCGACGUCAACCACAUGAUGGACAAUUUCGUCGGGAGGAAGAAGGUCCAGUAGUGUGUUCAAGGUAGUGGAGAGUUGCUUAAUAAGACCAGCGGAGACCUCUCCACCACUGGCUGUGUGGGCCGCACCCUCCACUUCCUCUGUGUGCUGGGUUUUAUAAAUAUUAUGAACAAAAUCUACACACACCACACACACACACCACACACACACACACACACCACACACACAC